GGCCUGGCUGACAACGGGUACCUGUUCCUGAGCCGCUCCGUGUCCCUCCCCUUCUCCAUCCCGGACGUUGGUUCCCGCUCCCGGCUCCGGAGCCUGGAGGCCGCCAUGGAGACGCGCGAGGACCUCCUGUACCGCAUCAUCGCCGCCAACGUCGAGCGGCGCCGCGCCAAGUGCCGGGGGGUUGAACCCGACCCCGCGGCGGAUCCCGGCCUUCCCGGCGUCCGGGCGGCCCAUCCCGGCCUUCCCGGCCUUCCCGACGCCGAGGCCGCCGUGCGCUGCAUCCACGAGGCGUUCCGCUGCCUGCACGACGCCUCGGACGCGCUGGCCCGCUACAUCCCGGCCAACGGCGCCCACGUCCGCCGCAUCGUCAACACCAUCCCCAUCACCCUGCGCCUGCUCCUGCACCGCGCCGGCAUCACCGGGAUCAACGGGAUCUCCGGGAUCUCCGGGAAGAGCGGGAUGAGCGGGAUGGGCGGGAUCCAUGACACGAUGCCGUCGCCGCGCGCGGCGGCCGCCUGGGUGGUGCUGGCGGACCGGUGGCCGUGCCGGCUCAGCUGGGCCCUGCAGUGCCUGGAGGACGCUCCGGAUCCCGCUCCGGAUCCCACGGUGGAUCCCGGGGCGGAUCCAGCCCCGGAUCCCGGCUCCAGGAAGCUUUGGAGCGUGUUCCAGGCGCACGUGGCGGAGCUGAGCGCGCUGCGGCAGCCGCUGCACAACGUGCUCAGCCUGGACGGGGACCCCGAGCAAUUCCGGACUUUCCUGGACUCGGAUUUUCCCUUCACGGCCCGGGAGGCCCGGGAAUUCCUGGGAGUCACCGUCAACCUGGAUCACUCCAUCCGGCACAAGAUGGGGCUCCUGCGGGCCCUGGAGCGGCUGCAGAGAGCGGCCAAAGCCCCCCCCGUGUCCAGGGGGGUCCAGUGCCCCCCAAAAUAGGGAAUUCCCGGCCCCUGGAAUGUUCUGGGAGCUGCUCUGGGGAGGGGGAGGGGGUUCCUGUGCCCUGGAAUGUUUUGGGAGCUGUUUUGG